CAACAUUUUUGGGACACUCUGUAUAUAUAGUUGCGUUAAUUAUGUAGUUUGGCUUUUAAUAGCUAUUUUUAACGUAAGUGUAAGUAACAUUUUCGGAAAUAAGAUGUUCAAAUUUGGAUUUUCAAAACAUGAGGAAACCGAAGAAAACGAUACCAAUAGUAAAAAAUCAACGAUUAAUUGGAUACCCGCUUCGAAAGUUGAGGUAUCGGAAUCGCGAGUAAAAAAAGAAUACGAACCGAACGAUUUCUCGGAAAAUGUUAUAUUUCCUGGUUAUAAAUUAAAGUUAAUUCGAUCCGAGAGAGCUUUAUCCAAAUUAAAACAAGAAAAUUGUAUAAAUAUUAUAGAGGCGGAGUCACAGCAUUCCGACCUUCUCCCAGCCAAAUACGAAGGUGGUUUAAAAGUCUGGGAAUGCAGUUACGACCUAAGUCAUUACAUUCUCGAAAAUUGUAUUGAAUUACAAGACAAAGUUGUUUUGGAUUUGGGAUGCGGUGCUGGUAUCAUUGGUUUGAUUGCUCUUCUAAGAAGUUCCAUUGUUCAUUUUCAAGAUUAUAAUGUAGAAGUGAUCAAGACUGUAACAGUUCCAAAUGUUUUACUAAAUUUCGAAGAUUGUAGAAAUGUAUUAAAGAGGUGUGAAUUUUUUUGCGGUGACUGGGAUACGUUUACGAGACUUAAUGACUCAGAUCAUAAGAACGAGGUUACAAAAUAUGAUUUAAUUUUUACAAGUGAAACGAUUUAUAACCCAGACAAUCAUAGGAAGCUUUACGAAGUUUUUAAACAAAAAUUAAAACAAGAUGGUAUUGGGUUCAUUGCUGGUAAAACUUACUAUUUUGGUGUUGGGGGAGGAAUGAGACAAUUUCAAACUCUCAUAGAAGAAGACGGAUAUUUUGAUGUCGAUAUAGUGUGGAAAAGCCGAGAAGGAUUACAACGAGAAAUACUAAAAAUUUCGAAGAAACAAUGUUUGUAGAUCUAACCCAUACCUGCCCAUAUUUCUUAUGUAUCUGACAAAUACAUAUUAUGCCUUUUUA